UAUCGCGUUAUUAUCAAGUUUUUGUUCAUGAGUCUUGUGCAGUUAUGAGUGGAGAUGAUGUUGAUGCGGGCGAUAUCGCUCGGAUGCUAAAUAAUGCCCACCAAAUGGGUUUUGGAGGCACUGAUAUUGCGGACGUUCUGCAGGAUUAUUUCACUGAUCCAGCACCAGACUCUGACGACACCCCUGAUGAAAGUGAUGAUGAUGUAGCACCUGCAGAGGCCUUCGAACCAGACGAUGAUCUCAGUGCUGAAAGUGAGCCAGAGCAAGAGACAGAAGCUGAAGCUCCAGACAUUUCAGUUGGAGCAGUGGAUGAAGUCGCAAUAAAAGUGAAGGCGGCAGCAACUCUGGCCGAAAACGAGCUUGACUUUGUUGCAGUCCCAGACAGGAAGAACCACUGUCGCUGUCAGCUCUUCAGUGGUGAUCGUUGCAUCAACCAGUUCACAGAAAAUGAACAAAAUGAAAUCAGAAUGAAAAUGAGAGAGCUAUCGCCAUUUGAAAAAGACUUGAUUCUCCUUGGUAUGAUCUGCAUGAGCCUUAAUGAUUCAGCCACUACUGAGAAGUCAAAGAAGAAAGCUGGUUCCCAAACAGUACGCACCAACACACGGAUUCGCUCGUUCUUUGUCGGCCACAAGCGCAUCUGCCGUGAUACAUUCUUCUUCCUCAUGGAAACUUGUAAGAAUGUCCUCACCCGAUUGAAGAAGCACUAUGAACAGAAAGGUCUUAUGCCAACUGAGAAACAUGCAGGUGGGAGAAGUAAUAUCAAGCAUGCCCUUAAAAGCUUGAAGACAUCGAAGCAGUGGUUGGGUUUCUACUAAACUUUGCGGA